UAUUUCUAGCAUUGACUUAGAUUGAAGAUGAAAAAUGAAAUAAAAUAUACAAAUCAUACAGGUGGUGUGGUUCAAUCAAGAAGUACCCUAAUUUUGAACCACAAGGUCAAGGGUUCAAAUCCCACCGUUGCAAUUGCAUCCUUUAAGCCGCGUGUAUCUACAUUUUCUACUUUCCAUCCAGGUUUAGUGAAUGGGUACAUGGGUCGGAAUACAGUCUUUGAAUGCUUCUGCUCCUGAUAAGCAGCACUUCAAAUCAUUGCAAUGUUAUUUUGAAUAGGGAUUUUCUUUUCAACUCAUGUUUAUCCUCAUGUUUAUAAUUUUUUUUUCAUUUAUCUAAAGCCAGAAUUGGUCAAUUUCUUUCUAAAAAUGAGCGGUAUGCAAAGAGAGUUCAUCAAGUUUCUGGACAGAAGAGAGGGAGAAAUAGAAGGUUAUGAAAGUGCAAACACUCAAGUUCAGUCAGAUGUCAUUGAUCAAGAUCGACAGGGAACUACAUGUAAUAAUACAGCUGGGUAUACUGAGGGCAAGAAGAGAAGGAGGAUACGCAAAUGUGUUUUGUGUGGGAUGAUGAUCCCACACAUGACCCUUCACAUCCAAAGAAAACACUCCAAUCUUACACUUGAAGAGAGACAUGAAUACCGUGAAAUUAUGCUCAGAGAGACACCAGUUUUGAGAUCAAAGGGCAGCAAAAGAAGAAGGAAACUUUUAAAAUGCCCUCUCUGUCCUUCAAAUGUACAGAGGCUUGAUGAUCAUAUCAUGAACAUCCAUGGCAAGAAGCGUGGCUCAAAAAUAAUGAAGGCUCUGAUUGCAAAAGCAAGAGAAUUAGAGGGCGAGAGAGCUGCCACUGGUGAAAGUACUUCAUCUCUUCAGAAGCAUCGUCAGAAGAAUAUCACACAAGUAUCUCAAGCACAGGUAGUCUUAGUGGAACAGACCUCAAAUGAGUUGGGAGUAGAGGAACUGGGGGAUAUAAGACCAGGAGGCAAUGGAUGUAGAGAAGACGGAACAGAAACGAAAAGAACAGAAGAAGACGGGAAGGAAAGAGCCAGGACAGAAGAAGACGGGACAAAGGCGGACAGGACAAUAGUUGGGACGGAAGACAGAACCAAACAAUACAGCAACAGAGAAGAUCAAGCUGACAUAACUUUAAAAGAUCAAACAGGAGGAGAGGGACUGGACAAAGAUCUUUCUCAAGAAGACAGGAUUGAAGAGGCAGAAGGUUUUGAAAGUGCAAACCCUCAAGUGCAGUCAGAUGUCAAUGAUCAAGAUCGACAGGGAACUACAUGUAAUAAUACAGCUGGGUAUACUGAGGGUAAGUCUGCUAUAUGGUGA